UCCGCAGCGCAAGUGAGAGCAACGGUGUAUAUUGAUGAUGAGGUGGUUUGCUGAGGCAAAAUCCGCCAUUAAUAACCAUCUCUACGGCAGGGAACGCGGUUACGAACCAGUGCGCGAGUCGAGUAGCGGCAUCAAACGCACGUCGCACGAUCCUCUCGCCGAGGCCAAGCUCCGGCCCCAAAAUAUCCAAAAAUUGGGAAAUUUCUUCCUCGAUAUCAUCCUAUGUUUUUCUGAACAAUUUUAGAAACAAAUCCCUCGAUAAUGAAGAGCAAAUUUUCAUCUCUCUACGGGGCCUUAAUGGAUCCCCUACUGUAGAUAUGCGAGCUAUAGAACGACGAGCCCACCCUUGUUUUUCCUUCGCCUCUUCCUCUUCCUCUUCCAGUCAUGGAAAACCAGCCUUCUUCAUCCUUCGUCGCCGCCUUCACUCUCCUUACUUGGUUUUUCCUUACAAUUUUGCUAGCGUCGCCUGCGAUUGCCCGAUCCAUUCCCAAAAAUACUGAGUUGGGAAAUGGAAACGAGAAGAAGGCUGCUGUGGAGUGUGAGGGACGGUGGAUCCACAUCCGGGAACUGCCGGCGCGGUUCAACACUGAGCUCCUCCAAGGGUGCAAUUCAUUUCCUAUAUUCACUGACGACUUCUGCCCCUUCCUCGCUAACCACGGUCUCGGCCCCCGUACCCACAACCGUUCUCUUUCUUGGUACCGCACCGACUCCCACUAUCUGGAACCCUUCUUCCACCACCGCCUUCUCGAAUACCCAUGUCUCACCGCCAACCCCGCCCGCGCAGAUGCCGUCUUCCUCCCUUAUUACGCAUCCCUUGACGCCCUUCCAUACCUUUACUCCCCAGAUUUCUACAACGAUUCGGCCCAGCACGGACUGAACCUGCAGCGCUUUCUUGUUAAUGAAAAUAAUCCCCAGAUCUGGGCUCGCCGAUCAGGCCACGACCAUUUCCUUGUGAUGGCGCGCCCAGCCUGGGAUUUCUCCCAGGACCCAGACAUCUACCCUCCUUCCUGGGGCACCUCCAUCCUCCACCUCCCGGCCUUUCUCAACCUCACUGCCCUCACAUUUGAAUCCCGCCCGGACUCGUGGCAGGAGCACGCCAUCCCCCAUCCAACCUCCUUUCAUCCGGCCAGUCUCGAUCGACUCGAAUCCUGGCUUGACCGCGCUCGCCGCUCCCGUCGCCCCAAGCUCAUGCUCUUCGCCGGUGGCGGCGGCGGCGGGGGACCCAACAUCCGCGGCAGCAUCCGCGCCGAAUGCGAGAACCGCACCGAUCUCUGUGAGGUUGUCGAUUGCUCCGAUGGCGCCUGCUCACACGACCCGAUUCGCUACAUGUUGCCAAUGCUCCGCUCGAGGUUCUGCCUUCAGCCACCCGGCGAUACGCCAGCUCGACGCUCCACCUUCGACGCCAUUCUUGCCGGCUGCAUCCCGGUCUUCUUCGAGGAGCUCUCGGCGAGGCGGCAGUACGGAUGGCAUCUCCCGCCGGACAAGUAUGAGACGUUCUCGUUGUUUAUUCCAAAGGAGGAUGUUGUGUACGGCGGCGUCCACGUCACCGACGUCCUCGAGGCGAUUAACGAUGAGAAAGUAAGGCGAAUGCGGCGGCGAGUAUUGGAGCUUGCGCCCGGUGUGAUGUACCGCCGACAUGGAAGCUCGGCUGGUCUCCGCGCCAGGAAGGAUGCCUUUGAUCUCGCCAUAGACGGCGUGCUCCGCCGCAUCAAGCUGCGGAGCCGACCGGUCGGCCUCGCCGAGCCGCUUCUGUUCGAUGAAGAGAAAGAUGAUGUCGACUCUUGAUGGACGGCUUGGAUUGAACAUUUAUGUUUAUCAGAAACCCAUCGGGCCAGCAAUUACGGACCGCGGGUCAAAAUAGGGGUGACCGGUUCGGACGGGGCAUCUUCCUCCACCUCUUACGCAACGAACCGGCCGGUUCAACCACCGUCCCAAAGCCUACGCCGGCGCAACCC